CUGAGUGCCAAGACACAACUAAGUCCUGAGUCAGCAACGAUAGGUGCCUGUCGCUUGUGACGCAGUUAUGCAGUCUACGGCACAUCAACCCACUAUGCAGCACCGUUUUCCCGAGCACCGGGCCUGACCCCAUGCCCUUCGAUCUCUGCCAGACAACCUUUAUGGUCCAUCUUCCGCCAGUCACUGGGCGCUCCAUUCCAAGCUCGUAAAAGCGUGGCCUGGGUUUCAGCCUGAUCGCCGCUACGCCUCUUCUGGCUCAGGACCCUUCGGAUGACCACGCAGCACAUUCGCGGACCGGAAGGGAGACAUAGUUAUUAGACUUGACGUUCUUUGUUCUGUGCAAUCGGAUGCCUGCGCUAGUGUCUGCUUCGUAGAUACCUUACUUGAGCCUGACCAGCAGCGACUGCGGAGCUUGCCGCCCUUUCUUCUUACCGCCUCAUCGCUUCCAGAGCAUAAGCAUGUCCUAUCGCGGACGUCCCAGUAAGGGAUGUGAGGCUUGUAGAGCCCGUAAAGUCAAGUGCGAUGAGGGCAGGCCAGCUUGCAGUCGGUGUAGCAAGGCAGGUCAUGAAUGCAAGUACCGAGAUCAAGCCGACAUCCUCUUUCGGAACCAAACGGCAUCGGCUGCGCAGAGAGCAGAGGAGUCAUGGCGGAAGCGAUCAAAGUCAAACCAACGUGCUACUAUUGCCGAAAGUAGCAACGCCUACAGCAACACCUAUAAUAACACCUAUAUCAAAACACCACCAAGCGACGAGUCAACACCACCUCAUCUGGAUGACACGCGCUCAUCCAGCGGUAGUGUGCAUUCUCCCGGUGCCUCUGUGGAUGACCCGGCUCAAGAAUCAUCAAGCGUCGCGUCCGCAACCAUCGAUCUAAGUCGGCUGACUAUCACUCCAUCGCCUAAUCCGGAUUUUCGUAGAAGAGCUUUUGAGCGCUUUGUAUACGACUUUGUGCUACCCGACUCGCCGAGCAGACCAGCAGACCAGCCAGAUGAAGCCCUUUGGACCUUCAUCCCGCUCUUGUAUCAAGACGCCCAGGAGAACUCAUUGAUCGCGACAGCUGUUGACGCAGUAUCCUACGUCAACUUCGCUAAUAGAUACAAUGAUUCUCAUGCGCAAGCAUUAGGUGAGGAAUGCGUAGGGAGGGCCCUUCCGAUGUUGACAAAGGCAAUUGCGGACAAGAAGCAGGCGGCCACGAAUGCUGCACUUUGCUCGGUACACCUGAUGGGCAUCUACGAGAAUCUUACUAGCGUGCAGCGGAAAGGCACAUUCUUGGCUCACAACCAGGGCGCAAAUGCUAUGCUUCAAUUGCGGACGGUUGAGGAGUUCUACAGCGAUAUCAUAUCAGCCAGACUUUAUGAAGUCAUCUAUGCACAUCUGCUACUAGGCAACUUACAAGCAGCAAGACGCCCGGCAAUACCUACGAGAGACGUGGUCAAAGUCGACGGAUAUCUUCCAAGUCUGUACAAGAACUCUAAUGCCUUAUGGCACGAAACCAAGCAAAGUGCAAAUCCACCAACCAACCGUAUGGCCAUGCAGGAACUCUUACAGAGCGCUCUCGAACUAGAGAGCGACUAUCAAGCUUGGGAAGCAAAUGUUACACCAGCUUGGAACUACCACAUGACACCCAACACACCAGAGGCUCGGUCGACCUACGACACCAAGUGGCAAAAGCUUUUCUUAGGUUGUCCGGGCGCACCAGAAGAGAUUCAUAUAUACUCGAGCUUGAAACGCGUCUGGAUCUGGGGCUUCUAUCGUACAAGCCGCAUACUUGUUCUGCGUGAUUUGCUCGAGAUGUUGAAUUGGAUGUUGAGAUUCCGGGACCCUUGCCUAUUUUUUCGUCCUCAAGAAGCCUCGGGGCAGUCUAUGCCUACUGCUCUGAGUGAUGCAAAUCUCCGCAUGCAUCAUUCUGUCGCGACCGCUCGCUUGGUCGAGGUCAUUGAGAAGAACUGUUCCUCUAUACUCGGCAGCUUUACUGUACCGAUACAUAUGAAAUCUGCCACCGAUAUCUGUGGCAUGCGGGGCUAUAUCUGCAUAUGGCCCCUGGGUACAAUGGAUUCAGUACUCAGCUCUGGUCUUGUGCCGGAUAGCAAUGCGGGCAAGCAUCCGGAGAGCGCUACUCACCUACCAACACCACCGCCGGCUUACUCGCAACCCUCCAACGCGCCACCACAUCUAGCCACAUCCGCUUCCAACGCGUCUUCCGCAAGCGAACCGUCGGCGGCCCUAGAAUCUUACGAUGCGGCACCGCCAUUCUCCGAACUCCACAAUAUUCAGUCCAAGUCGGAAAGCGACCAAUCUCCUGGCGCGAGUCCGCCAUCGAACACGCCGGUCUUGGACCAGAACGCGAAGAAGAAUCACAUCUUCGACCCCAACCCUGCGCACCCGUACGAUCACCCGCUAGACCUACCUUCUCUGGACUAUGGAGUUGAGCCCAGGAGAAUAGAUAUUGCAGCAAGGCGAGAAUGGAUAAACCGCCUGAUGUACUACAUGGCCACAGAAUUGGGGCUGAAGAAGGCGCUCUGGUGCCCAGUUAUGCAAGGCUACAUGCCUACCGUAAAACCCAUGGUUGACGAGAUUCUCAGCCAAGAAAGAGGUUUCUAACACCUCGGAUUACGCAUUUGCUAACGGUGUAUAAACAAUAAGGGCAUCUCGUUGGCGUUUUCGGAUUUUGUCUUCUGCAUUUACGAGAGGAAAUUCGGGGUGGGAAGUGCGGUUUAGUAACAUAUUGUUCACGUACAUAUAUUUUGGUUCGGUGUUCUUUGGACAUAUACGAAAGUUAUGGUUUGUGUCUUGGAUCAUGAGGGUAUUGUCGAGUGAUUGGGAGCAAUGUGUGAGCUGACUCGAUUAGCAUUAGCGUUCACGACGAUAGCCUUGGUUGUGAGUGGGUAGGCAAUAACACGUUGGGGUCAUGACAUUCACGGCUCGGCCUACAUACCCAUCGCUCAUUAGUUCCAGCUGCAAUUGUAAUCCAGUACAAUCACAACUAUCAACCGAC